AUGGACCUUUCCUGCAGCAGCAAUAUUAUACAAGCAGUCCCUCUCUUCUUGCUCCUCCCACUCUUCCUCUACUUGUUCUUCUACUUGUUCUUCUUCCACCAAGGCCAAUCAAGAAAACCAAUUGCCCAUGGCCUCAAAUCCUACCCACUUCUCGGCCACCUUCCUCAGUUUAUCAAGAACCGCCACCGGUUCCUUGACUGGGUGACGGAGAUCAUCGUCCGGAGCCCGAACCAAGCAAUGAUGUUCCACAGCCCGGGCGAGAGCGGAAUCAUCACGGCCAAUCCUUCGCACAUCGAGCACGUGCUCAAGACCAACUUCGACAACUACCCGAAAGGCGAACGGUCGAUCGCGAUACUGGAGGACUUCCUCGGCUGCGGGAUCUUCAACUCCGACGGCGAGCAGUGGCGGUGGCAACGCAAGGCCGCGAGCUUCGAGUUCAAUAAGAAGUCGCUUCGCAACUUCGUGGUGGACGCGGUCCAAUCUGAAAUACUGCACAGACUGCUGCCGCUGCUGGAUAACACCGAGAAGAAUAAGGCUGCCGUCGACCUGCAGGACGUUCUCGAGCGAUUCGCAUUCGACAACAUCUGCAAGGUGGCCUUCGGCGAAGACCCUGCCUGCCUUAUGGAGGAGGGCUUCAUCGGCGCAAACUUACGAUUCAUGAAGGCUUUCGAGGAGGCUCAGAACCUCGUGAUGGGCCGGUUCAUGGGCGCGCUGGCGGCGACGUGGAAAAUCAAGAAGCUACUCAACAUCGGCUCGGAGCGGCAGCUGAGAGACUCGGUAUCGACAGUUCACGACUACGCCAUGAAGAUCAUCUUGGCACGGAAGGAGAAAGAUUCGGACCGGGGAGAUGAUAUACUAUCUAGAUUCACCUCAAACGAAGACCACACGAACGAAACCCUUCGGGACAUCAUGAUAAGCUUCCUCCUCGCAGGCCGGGAGACGACGUCGUCGGCACUGACAUGGUUCUUCUGGAUCACGUCCACGAGACCCGACGUAGAAAAGAAGAUUCUAGAAGAGAUCAGAGCGGUUCGAGCUGCGAAUCCGAAUUCGGGCGAGACGUUCAGCUUUGACGAGCUGCGAGAGAUGCACUACUUGCACGCCGCGAUAUCGGAGUCGAUGAGACUGCACCCUCCGGUGCCUGUGGGCACGUUGUUGUGUAAAGAAGACGAUGUUCUGCCGGACGGAACAUUCGUGGGGAAAGGAUGGUUCGUGACGUACAGUGCUUACGCUAUGGGAAGAUCGGAAGACGUAUGGGGGACGGAUUGCGAAGAGUAUAAGCCGGAGAGGUGGUUGGAGAAGGGGGUUUUCCGGCCGGAGAGCUCGUUCCGUUACCCGGUGUUUCACGCGGGGCCGAGAAUGUGCUUGGGGAAGGAAAUGGCUUAUAUACAGAUGAAAUCAGUCGUAGCAUGUGUGUUUGAACGGUUUCGGAUUAGUGUUGUGGGGAAGGAGAGCACUCCCGAGCACAUACUCUCAGUUACUCUGAGGAUGAAAGGGGGUUUGCCUAUUCAACUGACGAAGAGAAAGGAUUAG